AUGGGCAUCGAUUCGCCUGUCGACGACCUCGAGGCCACGUCGCCUCGUCGCGACCAUAGCUACACCAGCAGCCUCGACGAUGACGACGCCAUUAUUCCCAAGGGCGCCCUGGAUCCCGUCUACGAGGCCAAGGCCCGCGUCCUGAACCGCGCUAUCCGCGACAUUGGCAUGGGAUGGUAUCAGUGGCAGCUCUUCAUCGUCGUCGGCUUCGGCUGGGCCAGCGACAACCUCUGGCCCAUCGUCACCUCGCUCAUCUUCACCCCCAUCACAAACGAAUUCAGUCCCUCGCGCCCGCCCCUCUUCACCCUGGCCCAGAACAUCGGCCUCCUUGCCGGCGCCGUCUUCUGGGGCUUCGGGUGCGACAUCUUUGGCCGCAAAUGGGGCUUCAACCUCACCCUCGGCCUCACCGCCGUCUGGGGCCUCAUCGCCGCCAGCGCCCCGAGUUUUGCUGCCGCCGGCGUCUUUGCCGCCCUCUGGUCCUUUGGUGUCGGCGGGAACCUCCCCGUCGACUCGGCCGUCUUUCUCGAGUUCCUCCCUCAGUCUCACCAGUUCCUUCUCACCAUCCUGUCCAUCGACUGGGCCCUCGCCCAGGUCAUUGCUAACCUCAUCGCCUGGCCUCUGCUCGGCAACUACACCUGUGCCGAGGGCCAGAAGCCCUGCACCAAAGGAGACAACAUGGGCUGGCGCUAUUUUGUCCUUGCCAUGGGAGGUCUCACCAUGCUCAUGUUCCUCGCCCGCUUCUGCUUCUUCACGAUAUACGAGAGUCCCAAGUAUCUCAUGGGCAAAGGCCGCGACCAAGACGCCGUCCGAGUCGUACACGAGGUCGCCCGCCGCAACGGCACCACCACCAGCCUGACCAUCGAUGACCUGCGCGCCUGCGAGCCCGAGGGCUACCUGGCCCAGACGGACGCUUCCGCUGCCGUCAGGCGGUACCUCGAGAAGCUCGACGCCAAGCACGUCAGGGCCCUGUUCUCUUCCAGGAACCUGGCCUUGAGCACCGGCCUCAUCAUGGCCAUCUGGGCUCUCAUCGGGCUCGGCUAUCCCCUCUACAACGCCUUUUUGCCCUACAUCCAGGCCACCAGGGGCGCCGAGUUCCAAGAUGGGAGCACCUACAUCACCUACCGCAACAGCCUCAUCAUCUCGGUCCUCGGCGUCCCCGGAGCCCUCCUCGGAGGCUUCCUGGUCGAGCUCCCCAAGGUCGGCCGCAAGGGGACAUUGUGCAUCUUUACCAUUCUCACCGGCGUCUUCCUCUACUGCUCCACGACUGCGCUCAACAGCUCGGCGUUGUUGGGAUGGAACUGCGCAUUCAACUUUUGCAGCAACGUCAUGUACGCCGUUCUCUACGGCUAUACACCCGAAAUCUUCCCCACCCCCCAGCGCGGAACUGGGAAUGCGCUCGCCGCCACCUGCAAUCGAGUGUUUGGCAUCAUGGCUCCAAUCAUUGCCAUGUUCGCAAACCUGCAAACGACGGCACCCGUCUACACGAGCGGGGCUCUCUUCAUUCUCGCCGGCUUGCUUGUCUUGCUUCUCCCGUUCGAGUCGAGAGGGAAAGAGGCGUUGUGA